AGCAAAGACAAUUUUUCCAACAUCAGAUGAAAAAAACUGAACAAGAGCUUUGUCCAAAUUUUAACCGAUUCCAAAUCAUUCUGCAACGGUCUGUAAAAUGGUGAACAUAAUUCCCAUUUUUGUCAUUUUGCUUUCGACGCUUUUGAUUUCCAGUCAUGGAAAUGCCGUCGAGUCUCCUCUUUGUGGAGGACGAGUUUUUGUGGAGAAUACGAUCGUGAUUGAAGCUCCAGUUCACGAAGAUUGUCACUGGGAUAUUCAAACGCAAGAAGAUCGCAUCCUCGUCAUCACUGCGCUCAGCGGAAACCUCAAAGAAGCUCAAGAGUUUCUAGCUAUUCACGAUGGAUCCGGCAAAGAUUCGCCCAUUCUGAUCGUGGAGAAUCAAAAGACCCACGAGCGAUCAAGAAAAGAUUUGCCAGAGGCCGUGUACACGACACAGUCGACGGCGAACAUCCGAUUUAAAAAGGCACCAACUUCAAAUUUACAGCUCAAAAUUCAAAAGGCAGUCGAUUGUCCAUUUAAUCUGGGAAUGGAAAGCCAAUGCGGACGAAUCAUCGACGACGUUUCGUGCUACUGCGCUACUUUCUCCAAGAGGAAUCAUGCAAGCCAAACGACUUAUUGUACUGAUCACAAUAUGAAAUUGCUAACGGUGGAAAGUUACGAGAAGGAGCAAGCCAUUUACGCCGCCUGGGGCAAACCUGGCUUUUGGACUUCUCUGACCGACGCACAACAAGAAGGACAGUGGAUUUGGGAAAGUACAGGCACAAGUUUGUAUCCUGGGUAUGAGAAUUGGUGUCCAGGGGAACCCAGUAGCGGGGAGCCCAAUGAGGACUGUAUGUUACUCCAAGAUCAAUGGGGUGGAUGCUGGAACGACGGCGGUUGUGGCUUCACAACCGAUGCUAUUUGUCAAGCCAUUCCUUAAUUCUGCUAUGAUAAUAUACUCCCCCCUGUUCUGUUAUGGUUCAAUCGUCUAGCGCACGAGGAACAUGAAUAUACAUGUUUCUAGCCCAAAA